AAUAAACUUUCAUAUAAAAUAUAAAUUAAAUAUAAAUAAUAUUUUGUUGUACUUAAUUUGUUAUCAACAAGAAAAUAUGCUCCCUUUGUUCAAUCAUUUAUAAAAGUUUUUUUUAUUUCAAUUAUUUAUUAUGCUGCGCCAGUGUUUUCUACGAUGCUUAUUAGAUUCGCAUGCGCCUAUUAAAUUACCUCAUAAUGUAGAAAUUUUCAUAGGUCGCAGUAAAGACACAAAAAUUAAAGAUCAGUCGUGUUCUCGUCAACAAAUUAGUUUAAGGGCCGAUUGUGAAGAGUGCGAAGUUGAAAUUAAGCCAAUAGGUAUUAAUCCUUCCGGCUUAGACGGAUUCGCUUUACAAAGAAAUGGAGUGUAUAAAGUGAAACAUGGUAGUAGAAUUGAAAUUUUAUUGAAUAACUACAUACACGUAAUUGAUUUUGAUCCGCCCCCUGACACUGAAGUAUCUAAUAAUAAUAAAAGGAAGCUUGAAGACGAAAAGCAUGAGAUAUCACCAAGAAAAAAAUCAAAAACUCAAUCAGAACUCGAUCAAUCCUUAAAUAUAAAAGAAGCCAUGGAGGAUAUAUGGGAAGAAGUUGACAGAGGUGAAGUUUAUGUUUUUACCACUAAGGGUGUUAAGUCUAGCCAAAAAAUAGCUGCAUUUGAUAUGGAUGGCACAUUAAUUAAGACGAAGUCUGGCAAAGUGCAUCCUGUUGAUACCAAUGAUUGGCAAAUAGCCUUCCCUCAAGCAUCGAAGAAGCUAACAGAAAAAUUAAAUGAUGAUUACAAAAUUGUUAUAUUGAGUAAUCAAUCUCCAAUCGGAAGUGGAAGAGUUAAAGUUGAUGACUUUAAGAAGAAAAUUGAGGGUAUAGUUGCAAAAUUAAAUGUUCCAAUUCAAGUUUAUUUGGCAACUGGGAAAGGAUUUUAUAGAAAGCCUGCACCGGGUAUGUGGAAAGUACUUGCUGAACAGAAAAAUGACAAUCUCGCCAUCAACAUGGACAUAAGCUUUUUCUGCGGAGAUGCUGCAGGUAGGGCAGUUAAUUGGGCUCCAGGAAAAAAGAAAGAUCACUCUAUGGCUGAUAUUCUAUUAGCAGAAAAUCUUGGACUUAAAUUUUAUACUCCAGAACAGUUUUUCCUCGGUCACUCCAUAGCUAAUGUUCCAAUGAUCAGGCCAGAUUUUAACCCCAAGGAAUUGAAACCAGAGGCAUUCAAUGAUUCUUUAAUAAGCAAAGAAAAAGAGUUACUUGUUUUAGUUGGUUUUCCUGGUAGUGGCAAAUCUUUCUUAGCAAAAGAAAUUGUGGAGAGAUCUGGUAAUAAAUAUGCCAUUGUUUGUCGUGAUGUUAUGGGUACAUGGCAAAAAUGUGCAUCUGAAGCAACUAAAUUAUUACAGCAAGGUAAAAGUGUCAUUGUUGACAGUACUAACCCAGAUAAAGAGUCUAGGGCUCGCUGGACGACCCUCGCUAAAAACAUGAAGAUUCAGUGCCGUUGUGCCAGAAUGAUGACUACGAAGGCUCAUGCAUUACAUAAUAACAAGUUCAGGGAGAUCAUGAAGAUAAAGCAUGUGCCAGUUAAUGAUAUUGUAUUCCAUACUUAUAAAAACAAAUUUGUAGAGCCUACUUUGAAUGAAGGAUUUCUAGAAGUAAUUGAAGUCAAGUUCAAUCCAUGUUUUGAUAACAAGAGAGCUGAAAAUAUGUACAGAUAUUAUUUGUUAGAGAAAUGAAAUCAAUAAAAUUGUAUUGAAAAUAAUUUGUUAAAAUGGACAAAUAAAACUUGUGAUAUUAUUUA